UCUCAUCUUCAUAAAACAGAAAUCCGAAACAAACAACAAAGUGUUCAUCUUCAUCUUCAAAACCACAGCAAUCAACCUAGGGUUAGGGUUUACACUCAGUCCAAUCUCACCAUGGCUCGUAACGAAGAGAAAGCUCAAUCGAUGCUCAACAGGUUCAUCACCAUGAAAGCCGAAGAGAAAAAGAAACCUAAAGAACGCCGGCCGUUCCUCGCCUCCGAGUGCCGAGAUCUCUCCGACGCCGACAAGUGGCGUCAGCAAAUCAUGCGCGAAAUCGGCCGGAAAGUCGCCGAAAUCCAAAACGAAGGUUUAGGCGAGCACCGGCUCCGUGACCUAAACGACGAGAUCAACAAACUAAUUCGAGAGAAAGUGCAUUGGGAGCGUAGAAUUGUAGAGUUAGGUGGACAUAAUUAUUCGAGAUAUUCAGCGAAAAUGACUGAUUUGGAUGGUAAUAUUGUUGAUGUACCAAACCCUAGCGGACGUGGACCGGGAUAUAGGUAUUUCGGUGCGGCGAAAAAGCUUCCUGGAGUGAAGGAAUUGUUCGAGAAGCCGCCGGAGUUGAGGAAGCGAAGGAGUCGGUACGAUAUAUAUAAACGGAUUGAUGCGAGUUAUUAUGGAUAUAGAGAUGAUGAGGAUGGGGUGUUGGAGAAGGUGGAAGGGCCGGCGGAGGAACGGAUGAGGGCGGAGGCGGUAGCGGAGUGGAUGAGGAUGGAGGAGAUUAAGAAGGAGGCGAGGCGGGCGGUGAAGAGCGGGGAGGUGGCGGAGGUGGGUGUGGCGAAGGCGAUAUUGUUUGAGGAGGAGGAGGAUGUGGUGGAGGAGGAGAGGAGGGUGAAGGAGUUGGAGGAGAAGGAGAAAGAGAAGGAGUUUGUGGUGCAUGUUCCGUUGCCGGAUGAGAAGGAGAUUGAGCGGAUGGUUUUGGAGAAGAAGAAGAUGGAGUUGUUGAGUAAGUAUGCUAGUGAGGAUCUUUUGGAGGAGCAGACUGAAGCGAAAGCGAUGCUUAAUAUUCAUCGCUAGAUUGGUGGAUAACUAUACUCCGGAUGCGGUGACAUUAGAAUCUUGGUUUCAUAAUUUUAGUAACACCUGUUGCUUUCGAGUCCCAGACACAGCUUUAAUUGGAUAUUUGGGUAAAAACAAGUUAAAGACUCUUCUACAAGGUUAGAAGGGAAAAAGAAACUGUACAACUUUGUUCGGUUUUUGUCAUCGAGUUUAAUGUUUUCCAUUGGAAUACUGCAGCCUUUUGCUUAUAUUGUUACCCAUUCAACUUCGGUUUACUUAAAUGGCAGUCAACGGUAUGUUAGUCGUAUAAUCUUUUUUUAAGUUGUUUGUUUGAGUGAUUUAUUAAAUUUAGAAGCAUUGGGUCUU